GAGAGGAUUGCUCAACGAGGCGUCCAGAGCACACGCCACCGGCACACGCGACAAUUUCCCGUACUCAGAGGAGCAGCGAGAGGCGGAUAGAAUCGUAGUGUCGAGGAAUCGUGUCGAGGAAUUGUUUCUGGUUCGAGGUUGCACGAGGCCGAGGAAGAGAAGAGGGCAAUUUCGACGGUGUGUGGGAGCAGAGCGAGAAAUAAAGACGGAAGAGCGAAGGUCGGAGGAAGAGAACUGGGAGCAGCUCUAGGAUUAUGACUUCCGUGGCGUUGCCAUUUGGAGGAGCAGCCGCGGCCACAGCCAUAGCUGGUGCGAAAUCAUCGAGAUGCAACAGCGAUGGUAAGGGCGUGGAAGGAGCCAAUGGAUGCUCCAGGUUGGGGUUCCUCCGCGGUGCAGGAUUGGGCUCUGCUGCUGGAUUUGAAGCCAGGCUGCAUUCUGGACCGUGGGCUGGCAACAGGAAAUUCGCGGCCGGUGUUGUGGGAGUGAGAUGCGAUGCAGCUCCUGGAAAGGAUGGAAGUGAUGCGGCUGUGAUGGACAGGCCCCCUGCAGUUGUUAAGACCACCAGUUCCAGUGAUGACACCGUACAGGAGUUUCUGAAAAGGGAUUACAAAUGGGGCUUUGUUUCAAAUAUCGAGUCGGACUCCAUUCCCAAGGGUUUGUCCGAAGAUACAGUGCGGUUUAUCUCUGCGAAGAAGAAAGAACCAGAGUGGAUGCUGCAAUUUCGCUUGUCUGCUUUUAGGCAGUGGCUGAAGAUGAAGGAGCCGACCUGGUCAGACAACCGAUAUCCGACUAUCGAUUUUCAAGAUAUUUGCUACUAUUCGGAACCCAAGCAAAAAGAGAAGAAGGCCAGUCUUGACGAAGUCGAUCCAGAUCUUCUAGAAACGUUCGAGAAGCUAGGAAUUCCGAUCACAGAGCAAAAGCGACUCGCGAAUGUUGCUGUGGAUGCAGUGUUCGACAGUGUUUCCAUUGCCACCACUCACAGGAAAACUCUCAUGGCCUCGGGUGUAAUUUUUUGUUCUAUCUCAGAGGCUAUCCGGGAAUACCCUGAUCUUAUUAAAAAGUACCUAGGAAAGGUCGUGCCUGUCGCUGACAAUUACUACGCUGCACUGAACUCCGCCGUGUUCAGUGAUGGUUCCUUCUGCUACAUCCCCAAAGAUACUGUGUCACCCAUGGAGAUUUCAACAUACUUUCGAAUCAAUGCUAUGGAAACUGGCCAAUUUGAGCGAACGCUGAUAAUCGCCGACGACCGGAGUUUUGUGAGCUACUUAGAGGGGUGUACUGCACCAUCGUACGACAAGAAUCAGCUGCAUGCGGCUGUGGUGGAGCUUUACUGUGGGGAAGGUGCAGAAAUUAAGUACUCCACUGUCCAAAAUUGGUACGCGGGAAACGAGCAGGGUGUUGGAGGAAUCUACAACUUUGUCACUAAGAGGGGUUUGUGCGACGGCAAGAGCUCUAAGAUAUCCUGGACCCAAGUUGAAACUGGGUCAGCAAUCACAUGGAAGUAUCCUAGUGUAGUUUUGAAGGGCGAUAACUCAGUUGGGGAGUUUUACUCCGUUGCUUUGACGAACAACAUGCAACAGGCUGAUACAGGGACGAAGAUGAUCCAUGUGGGCAAGAACACAAAGAGCCGUAUUGUCUCGAAGGGAAUAUCUGCAGGUCGUUCUGUAAAUUGUUACAGAGGUCUGGUACAGGUCCAGCCAACUGCUCACAAUGCCAGGAACUUUUCUCAGUGUGAUUCUAUGCUGAUUGGAGACGAAGCUGGAGCGAACACUUACCCUUACAUCCAGGUGAAGGAUCCUACGGCGCGAGUGGAACACGAAGCAAGUACUUCAAAAAUUGGCGAAGACCAACUUUUUUACUUCCAGCAAAGAGGAAUUGACGCGGAGAAGGCAGUUGCAGCUAUAAUUGGUGGCUUCUGCAGGGAUGUGUUUAAUGAAUUGCCUUUGGAGUUUGCUGCCGAAGUGAACCAGCUUAUGAGCUUGAAACUGGAAGGCAGUGUAGGAUAAGCUGCUUGCAGUACCAUGUAUCAUUGUCCUCUUCGAACUUUUGAUUUCUGUACUGAUAUAUUAUGUACAUUUGAGAUGCAAUAGUGAAACAUAGAUUAUUUAGGAGUUGUAGGUUCCCACCAACACUGUACCAACAUUUUAACAAUUACCGGUUGGGAAAUGCACGUGACAACCUGCAUGGUGGUCAAGGAAAUUCUGUAAAAUUCCCUAGGUUUGUUGAAGGCCCGCCCAGCCAUUUUGAAGCAGAUUAGAAACAGGUGAUACUUAAUCUACUCGAAAGGCCGGGAGCAACCAGGUGAACUUAGUUUCUUACAGGGUUGUCUAAGACUAGAAAUUUCCAGUGUAUUCAAUGACAAUUUACGGAGAAGAGAUGGCAAGCUCUUUUUCUGCUCUGUCGCCCUGUAUCAUUUUCCGGUACUAAAGCACUUGACCUCGAGGUAGCUGGAGCUAUUCACGUUUCGAGUGGUGACUAUGUACUGGAAGAAUUUGUUGAGGAAAGAAAGAGUUCUUUGAAAGUACAUACAG